ACCAAAUGCAACCAUGUAUUUUUUUAUUGAAUAUAGAAUAAUAGAAUUGUAGUACUAUUUGCAUAUUUAUUGAAAAGUGAAUUUAAUAAGAAUUUUGUGAAAAAUCCCAAUUGGUUUGCGUUGUGAUUUUUAUUUAUUUAACCAAAUAGCGCCAAAGACAUGAAGUAAAGUGUUUAAAUUAAAUGUAAAUAGCUCAAAUAUUAUUUUGGGUUCUAAACUCAAGGCCCAUAAUACUAACAACGCACUAACAGCUGCGCCUAGCAUACGCUUCUGUUUAAAGCGCUCGAGUUAAAAACAAGACAAAACUAUACAAAAACUCAAAAAUUUUGUGUGUAAGUUGAGACGUCAUGCUAAAAUCUCCUUCCAAUGCCCAGGAAAUACGCUUACCACGCCCCGAGCAUAGUCGAGCCCAGUCGCCCGCCACCAUGGACGCACUGAAGACAUCUUUUUUGCCCAACCUAAGCAUGGAUCCCGCCAUUGUAGCCACCUCACACUUUUGUCCAAUGUGUGGCCAACAAUUCGAAGGACCCCAACAGGCCACCGAACAUAUGCAUCUGUGUCAUGGCGGUCUUAGUGUCGUAGCUGGUGUGGGUGGUGGUAGCAUAUUAUUGGCGCCACAUCAUGUUGCCAGUAGUGUAACGGAUUCAAUGAAAAUUGAUUUUCCCUGCCACAGUUGUGACGAUAAAUUCUCGUCGGAGCAGGAUCUAGACGAUCAUCAUCGACUGGUGCAUCAGACGCCAGCAUUUUUGGCCCGUUGUCCGGCGUGCAGCUUUUAUGGCAUCUCGGCUGCUGCCCUGCAGGAAGCCAACGAAUACAAGUGUCUACAUUGUGGUUCAGUGUGUACAGCCUCCGCUUUAGCAGCUAGUCAACCCGGCUAUGAGCCGCAAACACCCGAUAAUAUGCCAUCGAUGGCGCCGCAAGAUAUGAAAUUGCCAAAUCACGACCUGGUCCAGCGGCAAUAUCAACAGCAAGUAGCUUUGGCCCAACAGCAGCAACAACAACAACAACAGCAACAACAACAGCAGCAACAACAACAACAACAACAACAGCAAACCCACCAGCAGGAUGACAACAGACAUGAAGAUGUCGAAUUAAAGGUACCGCCUCUGACAGUAAAACUGAAUAAGAGUGUAAAUGGUACAGCAACUGUGAUGCACCCGCAUGUGAUAAUCAAAACAGAACCGACCAAUGGGGAUGGCACCGAUGGUUCACCUACCUCGGUGCCCGUCUACACCAUCCAGCAAACUUCGGCUGCGGCGACUAGCGUAGUUGUUAGUGCCGCCCAUGCCGCUGCUGCCGUCCUAACCAACAGUGGCGUUAUUAAUAAUACGAAUUCGACCACUACAACUACAGUGGUGGGCGGAGUGAAUAAAGUGCGCCACAAGUGUCCCGAUUGCCCGAAGACCUUUAAAACACCCGGUACUUUGGCUAUGCACCGCAAGGUGCAUACUGGAGAAGCAGACCUAACGCCGAAAGAACGCCCCUACACAUGCUCAUAUUGCGGCAAGUCUUUUACACAAUCGAACACAUUAAAGCAGCACACGCGCAUACACACAGGUGAGAAACCCUUUAGAUGUGGCUAUUGUGGCAGGGCGUUCACAGUCAAGGACUACUUGAACAAACAUUUAACAACUCACACGGGUGAGAAACCUUUUCAAUGCAGCUACUGCGAAAAGGCGUUUAGUGUUAAAGAUUAUUUAACCAAACAUAUACGCACACACACCGGUGAAAAACCCUACACAUGCCCCUACUGUGAGAAACGAUUUACGCAACGUAGUGCACUUACCGUACACACCACCAAACUGCAUCCCCUCUAGGAAAGGCCUAAUGGCACAGAUCGUCGAAUUAGUGGAGGUGUGAGUGCAGUAGCACAAGCAAUCGAUGUUGGCGGAGAAGGAGGAGCAGGAGCAGGAGGUGGCGUAACAGAGGUAGGCGUUGUUAGUAAUAUUGAUGAUGAUGAAGACGAUGAUGAUGAUGACGAGGAUGAUGAUGUUAAUGAUAGACGACAAGUACGACAAUUCAUAAUGGCCAAUCAGACUAUGGAUAGUGAAACGCAAACAACUGUAUAAAACUAUUUAGAAAAAGAAGAAAGUAAAGAAUGUAAGGGAACAAAUUGUAAAAAAGAAAAGUCUUGGUUGGAGCAAAUAAUAGAAUAAUAUUGAUAAUAUUUUUUAAAGUUGUGUUUAUAAAGUAAAGGCAGGGAGAAAGAAGUUAUUGCUAAGAAAAGAAAAAAAGGAAGUAGUUUUAAUUAAAAAAAAACGCUUUUUUGUUAAUUAGUCGAACAUAAUUAAGAAACUAAAACACCCUGUAUGUUAAUUCUUAAACA